GACUAAAUUAGAAGUGAUGGUUGCGAGUAAUUGUUAUGGGGUCAUAAAUAGUCACCCAAAUAAUAAAAUUACGGCAUCAACGACUCUGGGAGAGAUUGAUAUUUCCCUUGUUGGCACCCAAUACCAGGCCCCCAGAAAAUCUCCUCCUCCUUCCUCCUCAAGUCAAACUUUCUUUGAGAUGGACCCCAAAUUUGCUUCUGUUGCAGCUGAACAUGUGAGCCUUCUGUCUGCCAUGAAGCCGACAAAGAAUCUAGCUCCUUGGUUCAUCUUGACGGUCGCUUCUCCAACAACCCUAACCUCACGACUACCCUCCGUCUCAUCUUGCGCUUUGUCCUUCAAGCUCGCGGCAAAAUACUAGCCUUUUCCUUUACCCCCGAAAGAUCCCCAAACCCGAGAUAAAGAAGAGGAGAGAAGACCAAGCAACAACAAGUGAAAUAGAAGAGAACGAAGAAACAAGAAAAACGAAUCGAGAUGGAAUGAGAACGAAAAAACUCCUAUGAAAGGAGAAAAAUCCCACUAAAGGAAAAGACUCACGGGGCAGGACAAGAAAACCAUAACCAUUACUCCGACGCAAAAUGAUUUAAUAAAAAUAUUUUUGUAUC